UAUGAUACGAAAAAAAAAAAAAAAAAAAAAAAAAAAAGAUGCAUACAAAUCAUUUUUCAUCGAUUUUAUGUCUGCGGGCAUAUCAGCAGCUGUAGCCAAAACUGCGGUUGCUCCCAUCGAACGAGUUAAACUGUUACUCCAAGUACAACAUGCAUCCAAGCAAAUCAAAUCUGAUCAGCAGUACAAAGGUAUCAUUGAUGUUCUUGUCAGAGUGCCGAGGGAGACUGGUUUUUUAAGUCUUUGGAGAGGCAAUCUUGCUAAUGUCAUAAGAUACUUUCCCACUCAGGCAUUGAAUUUUGCUUUCAAGGACAAGUUUAAACAGAUAUUUUUAGAAGGUGUACCAAAAGAUGCUUUUUGGAAACAGUUUGCUGGUAAUUUGGCUUCAGGCGGCGCAGCAGGAGCCACUUCUUUACUUUUUGUAUAUCCCCUCGAUUUUGCUCGGACAAGAUUGGGUGCGGACGUAGGCAAGGGCGACCAAAGAGAGUUCAAGGGCACAAUUGACUGCCUUAUGAAAGUGGCCAAAACUGACGGUCCAGUCGGCUGGUACAGAGGCUUUUUUGUCAGUGUCCAAGGAAUCAUCAUUUAUCGAGCAUGCUAUUUUGGUUCCUAUGAUACUAUAAAAACAUCUUUCAUCAAAGACCCUAAGUCCACACCUUUCAUUGUCAGUUUCCUAAUUGCCGAGACUGUGACAACAGCUUCAGGGUUUGUGUCGUAUCCAUUCGACACUGUACGCAGGAGAAUGAUGAUGCAGUCAGGCAGACCUGUGGAGGAAAGGAUGUACAAAAACACACUGGAUUGCUGGAUUAAAAUUUUGAAGACAGAAGGACCGUCUGCUUUUUUCAAAGGCGCCUUUUCGAACAUCUUACGUGGCACUGGUGGUGCACUUGUUUUAGUUUUUUACGAUAAAAUCAAGGACUUUAUCAAUGAUUCAAUGUCUAUUUAA